AACACCCCUUCGUCACUCUCUCGGCCGAAAGCCCUAGCCCCAAAACGCGAAAAGCCCCGUCCGUACAGGGGCGUAACUGCAAAGAAAUAUCUAAAUAUUUUUUCUAUUGAAGAAACUCGCGGCCAUGGAUUUGCAGCAGAGCGACUUCGAUCGCCUCCUCUUCUUCGAGCACGCUCGCAAGAACGCUGAAGCUGCCUACGAGAAGAACCCUAUCGACGCCGAUAACUUGACGAGAUGGGCAGGGGCUUUACUGGAGUUGUCUCAGUUUCAGAAUGUUCCCGACUCGAAGAAAAUGAUUCUAGAUGCAAUUUCAAAGCUGGAUGAGGCUUUGCUGGUUGAUCCGAAGAAACAUGAUACUCUUUGGUGCCUGGGAAAUGCUCAUACUUCUCAUGCAUUUUUGACUCCCGAUCUUGAAGAGGCAAAAGAGUAUUUCGCUAAGGCGGCGGAAGCCUUUCAGCAAGCUCUUGACGAGGAUCCUGAUAAUGAGCUUUAUCGCAAGUCUUUGGAAGUGGCUAAUAAGGCCCCAGAAUUGCAUAGGGAAAUCCAUAAACACGGUUUAAGCCAACAGGCAAUGGGAUCUUCAGGGCCUUCCUCUUCAUCGGGCACCAAGACUGCAAAGAAAAAGAAGAGCAGCGAUCUCAAGUAUGAUAUAUUUGGAUGGGUAAUCCUUGCUGUUAGCAUUGUUGCAUGGAUAGGAUUAGCAAAGUCACAUGUGCCGCCGCCUCCCCCACCCCGAUAAGAAAGCCUUUUUUUUCCCUCUUUUCUGGAAGAGUGAAAAGAUUUUUAUGAGCAAUUUGAGCUUAGUGCAUGUAGAAUUGGGAAUCACAGUAGGUCCAGAUUUUUCACAUCUGUGCGUUUCACCAUGUAACUGAAAAAAUAAUUAGGGGAUUUUCUAUAUGAAAUAUGAUUUUUCAAUAGUGAUUCUGGUUUGUUGCUCCCAA